AUGAUCAGUGUCGGAGAGGAAAGAUUCUGCGGUUUUCUGACUGCGGCGCGUCGUGAAUACGAUUCGGUGGCCGAACCGGUCGAUCCGGACGAGUUCCUCAAGACCUGUCACGCCCCUACGUCCAAGUCAUACCUCCACUGGAGAUGCAAGUACUCGAGAAUCAAGAAGGAGUUGUCCAUUGUCACGUACUGGAAGGUGCUCUGCAUGCUUUACGCCGACAAGUGCGCAACAGUGUCUAAUGAAGUUCCGCAGUGGAUACCUAUUGUUCUCGUGGCAGAAUUCGUCCUUGACAGCUCGAUCAAGAACGAGAGCGGCCUCUACGUCGGAGACUUGGAUCAGAUUUGCACCACCAUUGGGUGGUCGACCAGGAAGUCUUGGCUCACGAGCGCCUCAAUGAACGUGGAGUUUCACGUGUUCCCGCCUGCUCCUGGAAGUCAACGAGCACGCAUCGGCAUGGUCGUGACGCUGCGGAGGACCAAGCGGAUCGCGGGCAGGUCAAGGCCCAAGAAGUUCGGCUUUCACGAAGAAGACACCCUCUUACGCGAUCCUAUCCUGUAUAUGGAGAGUCUUGCCUUUGCCGAAGGAGCAUUCGAGAGCGACUUCCAGAGCCCAGACGAUAUUUACAACCUGGGUCAACCUCGCCUGAUUCUUCCUUGGAAGAAAAAAUGGCGCGACAGGCCGAUAUUCGGAGACAUCCAGGGUCGGGGAAAGAAUGUGACCAUAUCUCUCGACCGCCCUUUCUCGUACACCAAGGGGCGGAAGCUUCUGAUCAAGCUCGGCCAGGCCUAG